ACUCGAUUCUCACUCCGUGCCACACUCAGACCAUCAGGAGAUCCAUGCCUGAAAGUUUCAACAAUCAAAGAAGAGCAAAAUUUGGUGUAAAAUCAGCACAGCAGUCGUGUGUGUUCAUCUGACCUGCAGUCUGUUCAUUCUGGUGGAUGAGAAGAUCCUUGAAGACCUCAGAGAAGUAAAACUAAAAUCACACAAGACUCUGUUCCUCAACUUUGUGUCCAGAUUUCAUCAAGAUGGCGUUAGUCUCAAGCAUGCCAUUGCCAACCAAGAGUGAUUCAUACUCAGCCGAGGACUCUUUAGACGCCAUGGUUGAGUGUUUGUUAUCAUUUGAGAACAGAUUUCAUUGGUUUGUUACAGUUAUAAAUGAGAUUGAAAAGACAUGUGGCAUUACAACAGAUGAUGAACAUUUCUGGACAGAUGAUGACAUUAGACGAGCAUGGGAAGAAACACAGGUAAUGGAAAUAGAUUACAAAAGAAUCCAAUGGGCGUAUGUGAUAACAUUCCAGGAGAUGAAAAUGAUUGAUAACGAUGAACAUGAAACAGAAGCGAAAACUAAACAUGGCAUUUUAACAGCUACAAAAGACUCAGAACCUGAAAGUAAAAAAAAGUCACUAGAUGGGCGUGUUCAAGUUAUUGGCAUUAAGAUCCCUCUCUCUGAGCUGUUUGGUAGGGAAGCCACCUCUGAACAAACUGAAACCAUCCCAUCUGCCUAUAAAUUAAUAGAUGGAUGCCCUUCAAGAAGAGAAAUAAGGAGAAAAAAAACGUACGUCAUGUCAUACAAUGAAAACACCAAGAAUGCUGAAUGGGUGUAUGAGAUAUUAAACAAGGACACUUUAGCCAAAAAGAAACAUGUUAAACGUCAAUUAAGUGACUAUAGUAAAGUCGCAGGCUACACUCAAGGUCAUCUUGCUGCAGCGGGCAAUCACGGUUGGUGUCAGGAAGCCUAUAAUGAGACUUUUUUGUUCAGCAACAUUUCACCACAGAGUGCCAAGUUGAAUAAUAGCAUGAUGACUGUUUUGGAGGAUAGCUGCCGCGCUAAAGCAAAAGACCAAAACUGUAACAUCCACAUCUACACUGGACCAGUAAUAUCAGAUCCACAAUAUGUAAACCAAACAAGCAGUAGCUUGCAGAAAGCAGUGCCUCAUUCCUUCUUUAAAGUGAUUGUUCAGGAAAAUCAUGACGGCACAAUAUUACCGCCAAUCGGAUAUCUGAUUACCAAUAACUCAACUAUAUUAAAGGAUGAUACUAAAGAUAAAUUAAGGAAAGCGAAACCAAUGGCUAAAUUUGUGGAAACAAAGUGCAGGAAGUUUGUUGAGGAUAUCGAGAGCAUCUCUAAUCUGAAGUUCUGCGUAUGGGAUGUUCACAAGGUCAAAGAUGAGAUCAGGAGUGUGACGUGGACAGGAGAAGAUGGAGAGGGAGAAUCAUGCAGUGCUAAAAUAAAAGUCAGAAUAACUAUCCCCGAAUAAUAAUGAUGUGAUCAAGAGCAGAAAAUGACAAAGAUCCUGUUGAGCCUGAAGAAAAGGUUUUUUAUUGACUGGUGUGCUUGGAAAAUGUUUUGGUGUGUUUGAGAAAGAAUAAUAAAUUUUCAUUUCAUACAGGUUUAAACAGAAAUAAUUUCGGGACAGAAUUUUCCCCAUAUAUCUAGACCAAAGUUAAUAUGUGUGUGUGUGUGUGUGUGUUAUAAUAAAGGAGU